AUGGCGGAUAACGCUGGGAUCACCCCUUCGUUCAGUGACCUUCUCGGUGAUGGGUCCCCCGCUGCCAAGAAGGUGUGCAAAGCCGCAUCUUCCUCCUCUUCCAAGCUCCCCGGCCGGACUCCUGCGCCGGCUCCUGUACAGAACGCGGAGGUCUCCUCUGCUCCCUCCUUGGGUGCGCCUAGCAAGCGCUUCCGUCGACUUUGUGCUCUGCGGGACACGGUCGGUGAGACGGUGUCGGAUGUCAAGCAUGAUCUCGAUACUCUUGUCGCAAUUAUCUUUCCUGAGAACCUUGCCGAACACCAUCGCAAGGAGAUUGUUGCGUGCAUUAAGAAAAACCUGCGCCGUUCCGAUUUCAAGACCUGGCAGAUCCCCUCCAUCAAGUCGAUGGCUGGAGAAAACCUGAAGUUCGGCAAGCGCUCCUACGCCCGUCAGAUCCUGCAGUUUCCGAGCAAAGAAGCGGCAGAUGACUUCUGCGCCCGCCCUCCGAUCUUCUUUUCUCCGCCGCACGGCCCUGCGGUUGAGCUCAAAGUCUACAUCGACCCCGCCCCCGAGUUCACCGCUGCUAAGGCGCGUGGCGAGACACACAUUGUCCUACGCAACAUCCCUUUGGGCCUCACCGAGGAGAAGCUGUCAGCGAUCCUGUUGAAUGGCAAGAACCGCGAAGGGCAGAAAUGGAUUUCGGACCUGCUGCACCUCCACACUGCCUCCGACCCUUACGAGGAGAUGUUCCAGCUUCAGAUGCACGGCAUCGUCAAGCCCAUGACCGGCGACGAGUCCUUCAGCGUUACCCCGCCUCUCAUCUGGAUCGAGGACGUGCGUGAGCCGGUCCUGGUGAACCUUUCCUGCCACUCUUGUGGCAUCUGCUCGAGCAACCACCGCACCUGGGACCACCACGUGUUCCCCACAACGCGUCGUAACAAGAUUAACAACCCCUUCUCGAUCUCGGUGGCACAACUGCAAAAUGUUAAUGCCAAGGCGCUGGGGCACUCGGCUGCCGCCAACACGUUCAAGCAGGAUCUCGGUCUCCUGUUCAUCGGUCUCGACAACGACGUCGAACUCUGGACCUGCUGUGCCUGCGACUUCCCCUGUGGGUGGACCAUCGACACCGCGCUAUCACACUGUUCCACGCCUCAGCACCUCCGCCGCUUGCAGUCGUCCGGACCGCUCCUGAAAGAGGAGUUCGGGGAUCUGAAGGUGCACGAUUUCCUGAAGAAGAACGAAAAGAUCGCGCAAUUCCUGUCCGAGGAGUAG